AUGGAACAAAAUAAUACAAUAUUAGAUCAGAUUAAACAACACCUAUAAAACAAAGACUAUUUGACUUUUAAGUCAUAAAUAAAUAUAAUCAAAAGGUAUUACUAAAAGGAAAAAGAAAAUUAAAUAUGUAUACAUUAAAUAAUUAUAAUAGAAAAACAAAUAAUAUAAUUAAAUAAUAUUCUUGAGACAUUAAAAAAUAUGGUAAUAGAGUUAACUAAAAAUGGUGAUUAUAUUAAUUAAAAUCAAAUUAAAAUUUAACAAAUUAUUGUUGAAAAUGAAGAUAAAAAGUAAUAGAACAUUAAAGAAGCUGAAAGAUUAUUAAAUGAAGGUAUGACGAAUUGAAUUAUAAAUUAGGAGUUGCAUUAUAUAAUUUGAAUAAAUAUUAAGAUGCCAUUGAAUGUUAUGACAAAGCUAUUUCCAUUAAUCCUAACGAUGAUAUUACGUGGACUAAUAAAGGUAUAGUAUAAUUAUUAAGCAUUAUUAUUUAGGAUUUGCAUUAAAUAAUUUGAAUAAAUAUAAAGAUGCCAUUGAAAGUUUUGACAAAGCUAUUUCCAUUAAUCCUAAAGAUGAUAUUACGUGGACUAAUAAAGGUAUAGUAUAAUUAUUAAGCAUUAUUAUUUAGGAUUGGCCUUAAAUAAUUUGAAUAAAUAUUAAGAUGCCAUUGAAUGCUAUGACGAAGCUAUUUCCAUUAAUCCUAAGUAUGAUAAGGCGUGGAGUAAUAAAGGUAUAUUAUAUUAUAAUUCAGGUUUUGCACUACAUAAAUUAUAGAAAUAUACUGAUGCAAUUUCAUGUUAUGAUUAAGCUCUUUCUAUUAACAUCAAUCAUCAAAGAUUAAAACUAAAAGGUAAAUCAAACUUUAAUUGAUAUUUAGCUGAUUCACUAUUUGAAUUAGGGAAGAAACCAGAAGCUAAACAAUUUUAUGAGGCUUCAUUAGAACAAGGAUCUAAUGAUAAGAUUUAUAUUUAGAAAUAACUAUCAAAGUUAUGA